AACCUAUGUUCUUACCUAGUGCACCUUUGGUUAUCGAGAGCUGCCGAGAAGCAGGGUUCAGGACUACAGCUGCCAUCCGAAGAUACUGUUAUUGUGGUCCAGAGCAUCGAGGAUCACCACCAGGAGGUGAUCUCCUUCUACCGGGAGAAUGGAUUUCACGGCCUGAUCGCCUACGAUUCCGAGUACGCCCUGUGUAACGUGCAGUGCUACCUCAGCGCCCACGCCCUCAAACUCAGCUGGAACGGGAAAAGCCUCACCACUAACCAGUACCUCAUGCAGGAGGUGGCCAAGCAACUCAAUGUCAACCCUGCCCACUUCAGCAUCUUCGCAGCACUCCUCGGGAACCACAUACUUCCAGAUGAGGAUUUGGCAGCUUUCCAUUGGGGGCUCUUAGGCCCAGACCAUCCCCUGGCAUCACUGAAGGUGCGAGCCCACCAGCUGGUCCUGCCACCGUGCGAUGUGGUGAUUAAAGCCGUGGCUGUGUACGUCAGCAAAAUCCCAGACGUCCGUGACCUCGACGCAGUGGCCAGGGACGUGUUUAAAAACUCGCGGGCACGAACAGCCGACAAGAUGGCCCGGUUCAAACAGGCCGUGGAAUAUUACUCAGCUGCAAGCAAGCCGAGACUACCUGCUGCUGCGCUCGGACCCCCUCCCUUCCUGGGUCUGGGAGCUACUCAGUUCGGAAUGACCUCCUUCCCUGCAGCUCACCUUCAGGGAAUGCCCCAGCCAAAGCCUAUGUUCCCCCCUCCCCCGGUGCUGCAGAAUCUGCCGUACCAGCCCUUGGUGCCUGGCCCCCCCUCCACAGUACCCUUCCCUCCCUCGCAGACUCACCUGGUGCACCGACCUCCCUUCGAGCCUCCUGGCUUACCCAAAUGUGAGGGGUCACUGCAGCGGCCGGGCGCCAGGCCCUUCGGCGAGUGGGCUAGUCCCUGCUACCCCCCGGCGCCCAGCCGGCCCUGUAACCACGUUGUCGCCAAGCAACCGUCAUCACCUAUCGCCAACUCCUCACCGUCCUCCGUAUCCGACCCAGAGGAGCAACACCGAGGCACUGCAGCCAACCACCUCACAGAGCAGCCCCCCCAACACAAGGCGAACUGGGACGUGGCUGGCACAGCUUCAGAUCCGAGCAGGAACUCUCACAGCAGGACCUCUGAGGCCUCAUCCGAUGCCAGGGCUGGGAGCCGGAAGCCCACUGCCCCACAGGCGCCGGGUAUGGGCUCCGGCAGUAGCAGCAACAACAACAGCGAUAACCCUACGGCCCACAUCCCAUCGCUGCUGUCAAUGCAGACUCGGAACCACAUGGACAUCACCACCCCACCGCUGCCCCUAGUGGCACCCGAGGUCCUGCGCGUGGCUGACCACAGACACAGGAAGGGCCUCAUGUACCCCUACAUCUACCAGGUCCUGACCAUGGGUGAGCUGAAGCUCCCGGUCUGUAUUGAGGAUGAGACGAACACUGAACUCCCUCCUGCCACGUUACUGUACCGCUCGGCCAGGCAAUAUAUCUACGGCGUUCUCUUCAGCCUCUCCGAAACCCAGCGCAGAGCCGAACGCCUCGCCAUGAGGCGCAGGAUUCCUGUCGAAGUGCCCCCGGUUAUCAUCAAGGAGUGGUCGGCCUACAAGGGAAAGUCUCCUCAGACCCCCGAGUUGGUGACCGGCCUCACCUUCCGCGAGUGGACCUGCCCCAACCUGAAGAAGCUGUGGCUGGGCAAGGCGGUAGAGGACAAGAACCGCCGAAUGAGAGCCUUCCUCGCCUGCAUGAAGUCGGAUACACCGGGAAUGCUGAACCCCGCCAACGUGCCCACCCACCUGCUGCUCCUGUGCUGCGUCCUCCGGUACAUGGUUCAGUGGCCAGGCAGCAGGAUCCUGCACAGACACGAACUGGACGCCUUCCUGGCCCAGGCCGUCUCCUCCAAACUGUACGAGCCCGAUCAGCUUCAGGAACUGAAGAUCGAUAAGCUAGAUGCCCGUGGGAUCCAGCUGGCAGCCCUCUUUAUGAGUGGCGUAGACACUGCCCUCUUCGCCAAUGAUGCCUGUGGCCAGCCCAUCCCAUGGGACCACUGCUGCCCUUGGAUUUACUUUGAUGGCAAACUCCUGCACAGCAAGUUUGUCCAGGCCACCAGGGAGAAAGCGCCCCUCAUCGACCUCUGCGAUGGUCAGGCUGACCAGGUAGCGAAGGUGGAGAGGAUGCGACAGAGUAUUCUGGAGGGGCUCUCCCUGAGCCGACAGUCGGUGAUGCCCCACCCCAUGGCGCUGCCCGGCUUCAUGCCCCCGAUGAUGGCACCGUUGUACCCCAUGCGCAUGUACGGCCGGCCCUUCGACCCAGUGCCCCACCCCCCAGGGCGGGGCAGGAGUCUGUCUGCUAUGCAGCAGAUUGCCCACCAGGGGGGUAAGCUGGAGAUCGCUGGCAUGGUGGUGGGCCAGUGGGCGGGGAGCAGACCAGACCGUGGGCGUGGAUCGCUCAAUCUCCAGGUCGUCUCGGUCGGAGGGCACGGCAGAGGGUGAGUGCCAGCUCUGUCUGCAG